AUGAACACCGGGGAGCAUGGUAAACGCGGGCAGUGCGUCGGAAGAGCAGUGAGAGGGAGCACAAUAGAGAAGGGAAAAGAACAAUUCGCAACGUGCAGCGAUCCAUGUAGCCUCUGUUAACGUCGAACUUGAUUCAUCCCCUCUGUGUCAGUGGAAGUGCAAUGACUUCUGUGUAGUAAAACCGGUGUAAGUAGAAUAGGUCAGUUAUAUACCGACCAUCAACCUUGUCCCUCCAUCCUCUGCAUACAUGUGUCCAUGUUUCUCCUUUCAAAUUUAUGUACAAAACCAGGUUCAUCCCAUUUACUCGCUUUAUUCUCUUUAGAAAAACUUUAUCUGUACUUUUGAGAAAAACCGCGAGAAAAGAGUAAGGAAAAUUUUAAUCGAAACUGGCAUUGGGAUAUUCGUUUUCUAAACCAGGCGCGAGACGCAAUUACGCAGAUUACGCAGAUUUGCUUCUAUUAUAUGCAUAACAUAUUGAUUUGUUUUCUAGAAUAUUUACCUAAUAUUGUCGUUUCUAUUCAAAGAUAAUAAGCGAUGGUCGUCUUGUCUCGCGCGACAAGCAGAGAUUCGUCCUCCUUUCAUAACGUUUCUUUUCCAGGGCGUGUAUCACUUGGACAAUCACCACGUGCAUCAUGCAAAUCACGCCACUAUAGGCCACAGCGGUUUCCUUUGCGAGAGGCAUCAGAAGAGAUACUUCUUCGGCAGGGAUUCGGUGGAUCACGUCGACUUCGACGAGUUCUUACCGCCGCCGCCAAAUUUAGACUAUCACGAUUAUUCCAGACAAUUCCCAAGGGACCUUACCACGCAAACGAGACUUGCCAAAGCUCACGAUCGAAAAUGCGCGUGUAUUUAUCAGGCAGAAAACUGUCGAACCACGCUAGAUUCGUUUAAAUUGAAGAAGGCGUGCACGAGCGUAGAAACGAAUUCUCUGAUCGGUCAAGGGCAGGAGCCUGUCGCCUUAUUCGAACGCGACAGGGUUGAUUUAGCAAUUCCUAGGCGCCACGAGCAAUCGGCCGAGAGUCCAGCUACACCGAGGGGCCAGCUUCCAUUAACGGAGACCACGAAUUAA